AUGAUCAGUAUCUUGGAGACGCACAUCCGCAACGUGGUGACGCACUUCAAGGGAGCCUGCUACGCUUGGGAUGUCGUCAAUGAAGCCCUUAACGAAGAUGGCACAUACCGCACCACUGACUCGGUUUGGUACCGCACUAUCGGAGUCGACUACAUCCCGCUGGCGUUCAAGGCAGUCAGGGCCGCGGAUCCCAACGCAAAGCUGUAUUACAACGACUACAUCUGUGACCGCCCAGGUCGCAAGGUAACCGGCGCGCAGAACCUCAUCCGCAUGGUCCGGGAUGCUGGUGCACCCAUUGACGGCAUGGGACUGCAGGGCCACAUGACCACUGGGCAGAUUGGAUCGCUUGCUACUCUGACUGAGAAUCUCUGGGCAUUUGCUAAUUUGAACGUUGACGUUGCGUACACGGAACUUGACAUGGUAGCCCGCAGCGGCUCAAGCCAGUUCCAAAAGCAGGCCACAGAUUGGGCCACUGUUGUUCAAGCCUGCCUCGCUGUCGCGCGCUGCGUCGGCAUCACGGGUUGGGGUUUCACCGACGCGCACACCUGGAUCGGCGGCGGCAACCCGCUCAUUUGGGACGCAAGCUAUCAGAAGAAGCCGGCCUACAAUGCCAUUCUCACUGCAUGGGGUAGCAGCAGCGGAACCCCUCUCACGACGCCCCCGACGACGCCACCCCCAUCUGGCAACUGCUCUCCCCUGUACGGCCAGUGCGACGGACAAGGCUAG